UGCGUCGCGGCGUUGUUGCGGUGGCGACACGUCUCUCGCACGCCGCGUCACCCUCUCCGGUCGGAAGGGCCGGCAAGUAGCGCCGCUUUCAUUGGCCUAACCCGUGGUGUCGUGCGGUAUCAUUAGUACGCCUGCCGGUCCCGACUCCUAAACUAACCUCGACCCGUCUGCACCACUGAUCUCGCCUGUCCUGCGUGCUCGCUUGGACCGGUUUACUUUGCCUCUGGUUCAAGGACAGCCUCAAGGCUCAUCGGCGCUUAGUGCCAACCCGCCACAAAAGCCAACAAGCGGCCGGGCCGCCAUGGGACCCCAGUCUUCGGGGGGUUUCCUGUGGCCGACCUUUCUGGCCCUGGUCGUGGUCACACUGCCAGCAGAGGUGCUGCCCGCUUCCCGCAAAAAGUCCUCCUCAUCCAAGAAGACCACCUACUACUACUACCAACCGGCUGAGUACCGUGGUCACUGGUACCACCACUGGCCAGACACCCUAAGCAGGCGCUCGUUCGGCUCCUGGGAGGACACUUACGACGACUGGCUCCCAUGGAAGGGUGUUAAAUAUUCGCUGUCUCCUCCAGUGCAGAAAAUAGGCGUGAAGACCCUCCUAGCACACAAGCACCAGCACCUGCACCACGGUCACGGUCGUUCGGGAUGCGGUCUCGAAGCAGUCCUGGUGGGAAUACUACUCAUCGUGCCGCUGAUGGUGCUCAUAGGUCUGAUGCUUCCCGUCGUGCUCAUCAUAAUCUCGGUCAUGGUGGGCGCCCCGCUUCUGGUCCCAGCCGUGCCACCCGCCUUUUUGCCCCCGCUCUCGACGACGGACGCCGCGCAGGGUCGACGCCGGCGGCAGGUGUUCGGGGAGCCACUCGAAGACGUGCUCACCACCACGCUUGAGAAGCUGCUAGUCGCUGUGGCCAAAUACGGCGAUCUGUGAAGAAGCACCGUUCAUCGCCGUCACGUUUGAAUAACGCGCUGUCGCAGUGCCACCGAUGUGUAGGCAGCCACCCGCUGUGUUGGUGUGGAAAGGAUGCUGAAGCCAUCGUUCAUUCUCUUGAACCAUCCAGCCACGGCGUCGGUCGGCCUCCGACAUGCUGGCAGAACGGGGAGGAGUGGAGGCUGCAUUCUGGGGUCCAGACAGGGUAAUGUCGCGGAUGUCUAGAGCAUCGGGAUGCCUGUCAUGCUGAAAGUGAAAAUAUCAUACGAUAAAUAUUAGCAGUGCCGGAAGCUUGAGUUCCGUGGCACCUAUGUCUACAAGAUAGGUGCAUUCGAUCUUUGCUUUCCUUUGUUUUACGUCAGCUGGUCGCCUGCUAGGACUGAGGCCCAUAGGUAGUUUGUAACCAAUGUCUCGGAUAUUACUGAAAGUUAAAAAACAGCGCAGCAGAGCACGGGGGACGCAAGAACGAACGAACGAACGAACAAAAGAGCACAGACACAGGCUAACCCUCAUUUGAAAUUCAGUGCUUGAGUUCGUUCGUUCGUGCUUUCCGUCCUCUGUCCACUGUUUCAAUGUUGUAUAACGAAUUACCAACCAGUCCAGUCACACAAAUUACUCGCAGUACGAUCCAUGAGCGAUGGAACUGGUGGUUACAAUUCCGGUUGUUCAUAUUUGCUGUCUGCUCUCUUGCUAAUGCAUUCGUGUCGUCCACUUUAGCAGUCACAGAGUUGCCUAGGUGACGCCAGAAUAGCGAUAUUCAAGUAAAGAAAGAAUGCACCUGAAACUGCCACCGGUCAAGUACAGAAGUUAUAUCAGGGACAACAGUACACUGAUUCUCUAGAGGCUGCGUUGCCUGGAAGAAGCGGGUGUGUGGUACUACCACGGGCGAGAGGCAAGCAGGCUCGUUAACCACUGGGGCUAAUCACAAAGCUAGGCGAAGCAAGCUGUCUGUUUAACUGGUGCCAGUUCUAGCCAAUGCCGUUCUUCUUGCUUUUGAUGUGACAGAGUUUAACAGGCAACUUUUUAAAUAAAGUAUUACAGCAGUCCCUGAUCAUUUUAAGGUGGAAAAGAAAGAAAAUACAUCUCGAAGUCCACACCGGUUCCUCGUGCACUACUCAGGUUUAUUGUUCAGUAGUGGCGAAUGAACCGUUAUGGGCAUUGAAAAGUGUGAUAUCUCCUUUAGACGUUCAUUUGGUUAGUGUCCACUGCAGUUUCUUUGUUAUAUCGGCGGACCAGAGAAACAUGCGUUUGACUGUUGGCUAGAAUAACGUCUCUCUUCAGUUGGACAUCGAAAAACACGCUUCGCUUUUUAAUUAUUCUUUAAGGAUGGUGACUAGCAAAAACUGCGCUGGGGGGAGGGGGGACACUUUAGGAUAUAGCGUUUUGACUACUGUGUGAAUAUUACCGGAUUUCUCUUGCUUUCCCAUGUCGUCGCCAAUCAUCUAUUUAUGAACAUGUCAUUUUAUUUCUCGUGCGAUUUGUGGUGAAUAAAGUGUGGGAUUGAGAAUCCUAAUGUCAACGCUGUCUGCAUCUGAAUUACACGUCUACUAAUUUGAAGAAUCACUGCUUGACACAUGUUGCAUAUGUAUUUCUACUUCGGCACUACCUAGAUAGCUGAGCCGCUAAAGUUGUAUUCAUUAUGCCACAUUUGCGGGAUGGGGGUUUUGAGUCAUUCUCGUUUUCGUUUGCCUGGAGCGCCAUAAUAAAUAUGCUUUCUACUGUAGUAAUGUGUCCCAUGCAAACUUCUCACACAACGUUUUCCAAACAAAAGCUGGGUUCCCAAAAUUGUCUGCAUUACAAUUUCCCCAGCCAACUGACAAAAAACAAAUCCCAGAAUCUGAGCCACAGCGUCAUUGAGCUGCAGCUGUAAGUGCGGGCCCAUCUUGCAGUUCUACCCUUGGCGAACACUUCUUAA